CUAAUGUCUUGAUACUGCAAACUUGUAAUCAUCAUAGAGUAACCAAAUAUCUUGUCUAACUUCCUUGUAUUAUCUGUAUUUAAACUAUAAUACAAUAGAAAACUAGUGUCUUAAUACAAGACUAAAAUGGUAUACCGAAACGUGAUAAUCAUAAUGAAAAUAUCCCGAUUUUUCGGAUUGUCUCCAUUUUGGAAUUCGAAAUCAGCCUCAGUCUUUCCAUUAUGCGUCCUGCAAAUGUUCUACGUGAUACUUCUUGCGUUACUUUUCGCCUACCUAUGUUACAUGAACAAUUUCCUCCAAACAGUAAUGGCCGUUUUCCCUUGGCAAAAGAAAAUUCGAAGACUGUCGACUAUAUUUGAAUUUUUCUCUGUCACUAUCAUAGUUCUGUCGUCUUGGCUGUGCUGUUUCAUUUUCAGUAGGAAAAUGUUGAUUUUCGUAGAUGCAUUUUCCAGAGUGGAAAAACUGUUCUUGUUAAUGGGUGUAGAAAAAUUCAAUCAGAAAUUGUCAUUUUCGCAAGCACCACAGAUGGUUUUAGUUAUGUUUGUUGUUUCCCUACAUUACUUUCUGGAAUACCUUGAAAACGGUCACAAACCAGAGCACUUUCUCAUUGUUUCCUUGUACAUAAUAUUCAUCUAUCAAUUUGUGAACGUUAUGUUGGGUAUGAGGGCGUAUUUUUGUUGUAUUAACAACUAUUUAUGCCAAAUUUACCAUUCGCGUUCGCUGUACAAGCUACAAGAUCGGGAAUUCAUCACACGAAACCAAUACAUGCGAAUUUAUACGAUUUGGAAAGCUGCAAAGUUUCAAAACAAACUGUUUCCUGAAAACUUGGACCACACCUCGACUAAUCCCAACUUGAAUGUAGCUCAAGUUAUGAAAGAAAUCCACAGAUAUCUGUCUGAGUUGUGUACAGAGAUUAACAGCUACUAUGCUACGCAGCUUCUUCUCUGUUUUCUGCUGAAAUUGCUGUCCAUUACUUUGUCUCUGUAUUACCUGUCGUCGUUCAAAGUUCAAGAUUUGCAUUUGACGUUGGAAGGAGUGGCCAGACUGUAUCCAGUCAUUAACAAGGGAUUUGUAUUUGCCAGCAAUCUGUUACAGUUGGUACUCAUAGUCUAUGCGUGCGUCAAAACUACUGAAGAAGCUAGCUUCACUGGAAUCCUUGUACAUGGUCUUCUGAACAGCGAUUUACAGCCAAGAAUGAGGAAAGAGCUAAUGAUUUUCUCACAACAAAUACUUCACCAGAAGAUAACAUUCACAGCAGCUGGAUUCUUCGUGAUCGACUUUACGCUUAUCAAUAACGUUAUUGGUGCUGUGACAACAUAUUUGGUGAUUCUCAUCCAAUUUCAGUUGUCAACUUAGAUUUUUUAUUUUCUCAUAUUCGAGUACAGUAUAAAUUGUUAACUCUAAAACUAGGUAUGAUUAUACGGUGUGGAUUCG